CGUCUGGCCGGGUUACUCUUCACUCUCUCCCCGCGUGUAGGCGCUUGCCGGUGCUCCCAGCGCAGCAAUGGCUCAGCACUUCUCCCUGGCCGACUGCGACGUGGUCGGCUUCGAUCUGGACCACACUCUUUGUCGCUACAACCUGCCCGAGAGCGCCCCGCUCAUUUAUAAUAGCUUUGCACAGUUCCUGGUCAAAGAAAAAGGAUAUGACAAGGAAUUGCUCACUGUGACUCCAGAGGACUGGGAUUUCUGUUGCAAGGGCUUGGCAUUGGAUCUGGAAGACGGAAACUUCAUCAAACUUGCGGAUAACGGCACCGUUCUCAGGGCAAGCCACGGCACAAAGAUGAUGUCUCCUGAGGAGCUGGCCAAGGAGUAUGGCAGGAAGGAGUGGAAGUACUUCAUGGCCGACACUGGAAUGGCUUUCCGCUCAGGAAAAUACUAUAUUUACGAUAACUACUUUGACCUGCCAGGAGCUCUUCUAUGUGCCAGAGUGGUGGAUUCUUUAACAAAGCAUCACAACGGUCAGAAAACAUUUGAUUUUUGGAAGGAUAUAGUUGCUGGCAUACAACACAAUUAUAGAAUGUCAGCUUUUAAAGAAAACUGUGGAAUAUAUUUUCCAGAAAUAAAAAGAGAUCCAAGCAGGUAUUUACACAGUUGUCCUGAAUCUGUAAAAAAGUGGCUUCAACAGCUAAAGAAUGCUGGAAAAAUUCUUUUGUUAAUCACCAGCUCUCAUAGUGAUUACUGUAGACUUCUCUGCAAACAUAUCAUUGGGAAUGAUUUUGCAGAUCUUUUUGACAUUGUGAUUACAAAUGCUUUGAAGCCUGGUUUCUUCUCCCAUUUACCAAGUCAAAGACCUUUCCGGAGACUGGAGAAUGACGAGGAGCAGGAAGCACUGCCAUUUCUGGAUAAACCUGGCUGGUACUCCCAAGGGAACGCUGUCCACCUUUAUGAACUUCUGAAGAAAAUGAUUGGCAAACCUGAACCCAAGGUUGUUUACUUUGGUGACAGCAUGCAUUCAGAUAUUUUCCCAGCCCGUCACUAUAGUAACUGGGAGACAGUUCUCAUCCUGGAAGAGCUCAGAGGGGACAGAGACUGGAAGCCUGAGGAAUCGGAGCCCCAAGAGAAGAAGGGGAAAUAUGAGGGACAGAAGGCAAGGCCUCUGUAUUCAUUUUCUAAUAAAUGGGGCUCUUUUUUUAUUGACUCCACUUCGGGACUGGAAAAUACAGAAGACUCCUUAGUUUAUACAUGGUCCUGUAAGAGAAUCAGUACUUACAGCACUAUUGCAAUUCCAAGUAUUGAAGCAAUAGCAGAAUUACCCCUGGACUACAAAUUUACAAGGUUCUCCUCAAGCAAUUCAAAAACAGCUGGCUACUAUCCAAAGCCUCCACUGGUCUUAGCAAAUGGUGAAUCACUGGCAACCAAAUAACUUGAUCUUUACUGAAAAAUGAAGAACCAUAUAUGCAGCAAAUGUACUGUAAAAAUGUUAAUUUUUUUAAAAAAAUACUGUAUCAUUCUUUAUUGGAACAAAUUCUUAAUGAAAAUUGACAAAGAACUUGAUGUUUUUUCCAUAGGUCCUCUUUCUCUAGAUAUGCCCAAUAACUCUUAUUAUAUCAAGAUCUCAGUAUCUUAGAACUGAAAAGAACCUUGCUAUAUAUUUUGUGCACCAAGAGUUCUGAGAUUAGAAUUCACUUGGGGGCACACACACACACACACACACUCACUCUCUCUCUCUCUCUCUCUCUCUCUUACACUAAGCCUAGGCCAGUGGCUCUCAAAGUGUGGUCCCAAACCACUAUCAUAGCAUCACCUGAGAACCUGAUAGAAAUGCAAAUUUGCAGACCAUACCCCAGACCUACAGAAUGAGGAUCUCUGGAAAUGGGGCCCAAUAAUCUGUGUUUAAUAAUAAUAGUAUGAUUCACACUAAAGUUUGAGAGCCACUGGCUUGACCAUAACCGCCAGAGAUUAGUUUAUUUGGUCCAGGGAUAUAGAUGAGCAUUGACCCCUUUUAUACGCCCAAGAACACUGAGUCCAGUGAGAUUAAAUGAUUUUUCCAGGGUAUCAGGUUUUAUGCUAGUCUUUUGUUUUCCAAAGCAAGGAAUACGGAUGUGAUUUUUUCUCAUACCUCACAGCCCAUAUGGGAGAAAGGUGAUACUAGAAGCCAACUAUUUCAGUCUCCAAUGUUACUAAUUAGGGUCCGCCCUAAUAAUGUUAAAAGCUGUUUAACUCAUUUUCAUUCCCCUUAAAGCAUGCAUUCUCAAAAAGGAAAAGAAAAUGGUUCUUAGGGUGAAAAAAAUAAUAGUGCAAUGGAUUCUAGCCCUCCAAAGCUCAA